GUCCUUUCUCACAACUUGUGCACAGUGUUAAAUGUUCCCCACGAUCCGGUGGCCUUGGAAGAGCACUUUAGGGAUGAUGAUGAAGGGCCAGUUUCCAAUCAGGGUUACAUGCCUUAUCUAAACAAAUUCAUCUUGGAGAAGGUUCAAGGAAACUUUGACAAAGUUGAAUUCAACAGGAUGUGCUGGACCCUUUGUGCUAAAAAGAACCUCUCUAAAAGUCCUUUGCUGAUUAGUGAUGAAGAUGCAUUUAAAGUGUGGGUUAUUUUUAACUUCUUAUCAGAGGACAAAUACCCCUUAAUCAUUGUACCUGAAGAGAUUGAGUAUUUACUGAAAAAGCUCACCGAAGCAAUGGGAGCAGGCUGGCAGCAAGAGCAGUUUGACCAUUAUAAAAUUGCUCUCAACACCAGUCGAGAAGGUCUUUCUGCAUGGGAGCUGAUUGACCUCAUCGGAAGUGGGCAGUUUAGUAAAGGGAUGGACCGACAGACGGUGUCCAUGGCAAUCAAUGAAGUUUUUAAUGAGCUCAUAUUAGAUGUACUCAAACAGGGCUAUAUGUUGAAAAAAGGUCAUAAAAGGAAAAAUUGGACGGAACGAUGGUUUGUGCUAAAACCCAAUAUUAUUUCCUACUAUGUAAGUGAAGAUUUAAAGGACAAGAAGGGAGACAUCAUACUGGAUGGCAACUGUUGUGUAGAGGCCUUGCCUGACAAAGAUGGAAAGAAAUGCCUUUUUCUCAUAAAAUGUCUUGAUAAAAGCUUUGAGAUCAGUGCCUCUGAUAAAAAGAAGAAGCAAGAGUGGAUUCAAGCCAUACAGACCACUGUAAACCUGCUGAGAGCGGGGAGCCCUCCACCCCACAAAGAAGCACGCCAAAAACGGAAAGAAUUGCGCCAGAAGCUGUUAGCUGAGCAAGAAGAGCUGGAGCGGCAGAUGAAAGAACUGCAAACGGCCAAUGAGAACAAGCAGAAGGAACUGGAGACCGUGCGAAAGCAACUAGAAGCAGCAGCUGCUCGUGCUGCUGAGGAAGAGAAGAAAAGACUUCAGACUCAAGUCGAAUUACAAGAUCGCUUCAGUUUGGAGCUGGAGAGAGAAAAAAUGGUAAGACAAAAAAUGGAAGAGCAGGUUGCUCAGAAAUCAUCUGAACUGGAACAGUAUUUACAGAGAGUACGUGAACUGGAAGAAAUGUAUAAGCAGCUACAGGAAGCUUUGGAGGAUGAGAAACAGGCACGUCAAGAUGAAGAGACUGUAAGGAAACUUCAAGCCAGAUUACUGGAAGAGGAGUCAGCAAAGAGAGCAGAACUGGAAAAAUGGCACUUGCAGCAGCAACAGACCAUUCAGAUGACAGAAGCAGAGAAGCAAGAGCUAGAAAACCAGAGAAUGAUAAAGGAACAGGCUCUUCAAGUUGCUAUGCAGCAACUGGAACAACUUGAACUGGAGAGGAAAGAGGCCCUUGAGCAAUAUGAGGAGGUUAAGAAAAAGUUGGAAAUGGCAGCUAAUAACACCAAGAGUUGGAAAGAUAAAGUAGCCCAUCAUGAGGGAUUAAUUCGACUAAUAGAGCCAGGCUCCAAGAAUCCUCACUUAAUCACAAACUGGGGCCCGGCUGCCUUCACUGAAGCUGAACUCGAGCAAAGACAAAAGAGCUGGAAAGGGAAAAAAGCCACUUCUGAGUAACGCCGGUAGCUGAUGUAUUGUUCAUGAAUAGAAGCCCACCUUUGCACGUUCUGCUUUGCACAGAGCAGCUUCUCGCUUAUAAAGGUCUUAGUUUGCUCAGCAGGUUGGGCCUUUCUACAAAGGAAAUACUGUUUACCACAUACCAGUGUCUACGCAGAGCUCAGCAAUUAUCACAUGUGGUGUCUGACAGUACUUGCUGUUUUCCCUCACGUUUUUAGAAAUUCUGUUCUCUCACAGAAAACUUUUCAACUGAAGAUUUUUAUUUAAAUGUAGCUUGUGACAGAGUUGUUUCUAUACUAGCCUGUAACUAUUUGACAGCAUUUAACUUGAUCAAGCAGUGUCACUUUCAUUCCAAAAAGCAAGGGAAGCAAU